AUUUGGAAGAGUCUCGGUGUAUUUACGCGUUUGGUAAGUUGUCGAAAUUCGGACCACCAAAUUUGGAUGCGUCCAGUAUAAAGCGCAAAACCGAAUUUACGCAACGCCAUGCACUGGCGUUGCGUAAAUUCGAGUACGGUGCCCCUCAGUCCAGCCCGAAAGAGUGCUAAAAUGUAUACUGUGGUACAGUUAUGUUUUAGGGUUUACCUCGAAUGCAUUGCCGUCCCAAUGCGCAUUUGGAGAUGUAAAGCGCUCCCGUCCGACACCCAAAGACAAGUCCAAAAAUCUCAGAGAUUCAUCGGGAGACGGCAGAGUUUGAUCGAGGAUGCGCGGAAAGAGAGAGAAGCUGCCGCGGCAGCCGCGGAAGCAGCGGAGGCCACCGAGCAGAUCGUGUUUGAGGAGGAGGACGGGAAAGCGCUGCUGAACAUCUUCUUCACUUUGAGGAACUCGAAAGCACCUGCACUGUCCAAGACACUCAAAGUCUUCGAGACUUUUGAAGCCAAAAUUCACCACUUGGAAACUCGACCAUCUAGAAAGUUUAGGGAGAACCUUCAGGGCCUGGAGUACUUUGUGCGCUGUGAGCUGCACCUCUCAGAUGUCAGUACUCUGGUCAGCUCUAUCAAGAGAAAUGCAGAGGAUGUCAAAACCACCAAAGAAGUCAAAUUUCAUUGGUUCCCAAAGAAAAUAGCAGAUCUGGAUAGAUGCCAUCAUUUGGUCACAAAAUUUGAUCCAGACCUAGAUGAAGAUCAUCCUGGAUACAGAGACCCUGUCUACAGACAGAGAAGAAAACUGAUCGGGGACAUUGCUUUCACAUUCAAACAUGGGCAAUCAAUUCCCAGAGUGGAGUACACAGAAGAGGAGAUUGGCACAUGGCGUCAAGUCUAUUCGACCCUUAGAGACUUGUACAUCACCCACGCCUGCAAAGAACACCUCGAGGCCUUUCGUCUGCUGGAGAAGCACUGCGGCUACAGUCCAGACAACAUUCCCCAGUUGGAAGACGUGUCACGCUUCCUUAAAGAACGCACAGGGUUUCAGCUGCGUCCGGUGGCCGGCCUACUCUCAGCCAGAGACUUUCUGGCAAGUCUGGCAUAUCGCGUGUUCCAGUGCACCCAGUACAUCCGACAUGCCUCUUCCCCUAAUCACUCCCCUGAACCGGACUGUGUCCAUGAACUCCUGGGCCACGUCCCCAUGUUGGCUGAUCGCACUUUUGCCCAGUUUUCACAGAACCUUGGCCUGGCAUCGCUAGGGGCAUCAGAUGAAGACAUAGAGAAACUAUCUACACUGUACUGGUUUACAGUCGAAUAUGGUCUCUGUAAGCAAAACGGUGAGAUUAAGGCUUAUGGGGCCGGGUUGCUUUCUUCCUAUGGAGAGCUUGUGCAUUCUCUCUCUGAUGAACCAGAGGUGCGUGAGUUUGAUCCAGAGGCUGCAGCGUUGCAGCCUUAUCAAGACCAGACCUACCAGCCAGUCUACUUUGUUUCAGAGAGCUUUCCAGAUGCCAAGGAGAAGUUCAGAACAUACGUGGCAGGUAUCAAGCGUCCCUUCUCGGUGAGGUACGACCCGUACACAUGCAGCGUCGAGGUCCUGGACAAUCCUCUGAAGAUCCAAGGCGGUCUGGAGGGUGUGAAAGAUGAGAUCAAGGUGCUGACCGAUGCCCUCGCCGUUUUGUCAUGACGGCCUUUGCCGGUUGUUUGCUUUCUCUAUGCUGAGCUUCGCAGUGUCCAAAGUGUGACGAGACUAACGUGCGUAUCUGUAUGUGCUGUAAAUCCAGUAUGAUGUUGAGUCGGUGCAGUUUGUGUGUGUAGGGAAAGGGCCAACGACGUUGACCUCUUCCCCCAAUGUGAAUGCAUUUGUGGAAAAAUGUUCUGUGGUUCUGCUUGACUGGAAAAUGCCAUACUUUAAUAUGUAAAAGUGUUCACAUGUACUAAUACCGGAGCCACAAUCAAUGAGAGUUGUCUUUCUGAAUGUAUUCAAAGAAAAUGAAAUAUAGAAUAUAAAUUAUUUUAAAAUCAAAGAAAUGUCGCAGUUUAGUGGAGAUUGUAGUCCUU